AUGAGUGGGAUCCUGAAGAGGAGGUUUGAGGAGGUGGAGGUGGACAGCCUCUCCCCCUGCCCCUCUCUCCGGGGGUCCGAUGACGAGGUCUCUGCCGGCAGUGACAGCGGGAACAGCAGCGACAGCGUCAACCCCGGCCCCUCCACCCCCGUCGCCCCCUCCUCUAUCUUGAGGUGUGAGAAGCGCCUGCUGGUGCGCAAUGUGCACUUUGAGAGCGUGACGGUGUACUACUUCAGCCGGCGCCAGGGCUUCACCAGCGUGCCCACGCAGGGUGGCAGCACCCUGGGCAUGUCCACACGCCACAGCUGGGUGCAGCGCUACACCCUGGGGGAGUUCGCUGUGGAGCAGGAGAGAAGCCACCGAGACAUGCUGCGAGACCACCUCAAAGAGGAGAAACUCAACUCCAUCAAACUCAAGCUGACCAAUAAUGGCACUGUGGAGUCGGACGAGGCCGAGUCACUGACCUUGGACGACAUCUCAGAGGACGACAUCGACCUGGACAACACGGAGGUGGACGAGUACUUCUUCCUGCAGCCGAUGACCACCAGGCGGCGGCGCGCUCUCCUCCGGGCGUCUGGGGUGCGACGCAUUGACGUGGAGGAGAAGCACGAGCUGCGGGCCAUCCGGGUGUCCCGGGAGGAGUGCGGCUGUGACUGCAGGGGGCUGUGCAACCCCGCGACCUGCGCUUGCAGCCUGGCCGGCAUCAAGUGCCAGGUAGAUCGCAUGUCAUUCCCGUGCGGCUGCAGCAAGGAGGGCUGCAGUAACAGCACAGGUCGUGUCGAGUUCAACCCCAUCCGUGUUCGCACCCACUUCCUGCACACCAUCAUGAAGCUGGAGCUGGAAAAGAGCCACGAGCAACAACAACCACAGGUCACCAUUGGGUACCACGGAGAACUACCAGUCAACGUCCCUGUCCAGCGUGCUCUGCAGUACCCCCUGAUGUCUGACAACAUCCCAGUCCCGCAGGCUCCCAUCAUGCACCUGCCGAGUGCCAGCGACGUGGAGCAGCAUCUAGAAGAGGAAGUGGACGAAGAUGAGGAAGAUGAUGAGGAGGAGGAUGAUGACGAUGGUAGUAGUUUAUGUAGUGGCCUCUCGGACUGCAGCACCGACAGCCUGCACACUAGUGACUCUGAGGAGGAGGAGGAGGAAGAUGACUGUGAGUCUAUGGAGGAGGGGGUGAGUGGACCCCCAGUCUCUCACACAGAGGUGGUCCCUCUCUCCUCUGUGUUGGGUUACAGUGAUGGCACACAGACCAACACCAACCACGCUAACCCCAACUCAUACUACCACAACCCUUCAUCGGGGUACUACCAGAUGGACAACUCAGCCAAGCUGAACCCCACACCAAAAUCCCCUUGUGAAGCUCCCUCACUCUGCCUCUCACUCCCCAACAGGGAGGGGGCCACCGAUGGCCCCACGGUCGUGUCACAGGAGCAGCCUAAAACCACCUCCGAGCCGCACACAGACCACCUCAGCCAGAUAGAGGGACUGUAUAUGCAUAUUCCCCACACUGACAAAGCACCAGCAGCCAACGCCUGUUCCUCAGCCCCGCAGCAGAACAACACUCCCCACAGUGGGGAGACUAGUACACUACACCAUGAGCAGCCCUAUCAGACACAGGUUAGCGUUUUUCAUCAUGAAUCUUGUUCUAGAGGCAACUCUGCGGAGUGGUCACUAGCUGGCACAGCCACAAAGUCAUAAAAUCAGAUUUUAAACCUAACCUUAACCCUAAGCGUAACCACACUGCUAACCCUAAUGCCUAACUCUAACCUUAAGACCAAAAGCACAUUUUUGAAUUUUUACAAUAUAGCCAAUUUUGACUCAGUAGCUGGCCUAUCUAAGGGGAAAUCGCUCAGUUCUGCCUCCAGGACAAGACUCAUGACAAUAAUUGUCAAUAAGCAUUUCAGACAGACAUGAACGGUAAUGAUAUUACACUUUCACUGAAGAAUAGCACACGGUCUGAGGUAUCUGUGGGGACUAAGGAGCAGCAAAGCCAAGGGUCUUUCAACGGGCUGGCUGAGGCGUCCUCUCUCCUCUCUGAGAAUUAAAGGGAUCCACCCAUUCUAGAGACUAACACUAGUUACUAGCAGUGUCAGGUAGACUUGUGGCGAGUUCAAUGAAACUGGUUAGAGUGAUAAGUCAAAUAAGCAUUCCUUUGCAGCAAGUAUGUACAUUCGGAUUAAUGUGCUGACCAACUUAAUUAAAGGGAUACGUCAGGAUGUUGGCAAUGAUCGCCUUCUCCAGAUCCAGAUGAACUUGUGGAUACCAUUUUUAUGUCUGCGUGUAGUUUGAAAGAAGUUGCUAACUAGCGUUAGCGCAAUUGCUAACUAGAGUUAGCGCAAUGACUGGAAGUCUAUGGAAACCAGAUGUUAGCUGUGACCAUAGACUACCAGUCAUUGCACUAACACUAGUUAGCAUUGGCUUGCAAAACUACCUCUAACUUCCUUCGUACUGGAUGAAGGAUGCAGGGACAUAAAAAUGGUAUCCUUGAGCUCAUCGGACUGGGACUGGGGAAGUAGAUAAUGGGCUUCAUUGCCAAAAUCCUGAAGUAUCCCUUUACUAGUGAAACUACAUGAUAUCAGUAUCAAUUCAUUUUCUGCACAGGAAUAAUGCUGUUGUUGACCUAUCCUAGAAACCGGGUCGCCAGUUUGAUUGAAUAGAACCUGAAGGACGGUGUUUGUUGUUUUUAACUCCUGAUGAAUGUACCUUUUUUAAAGUGAAUGAUUAGGUUUCAAAGGCAAGUUGUGGGGUUUUGCAUCAGAAGGAUCUUUGCACAUUAUUGCGCACACAGUUUCCAUGUCCUGGUUCUGAAUGUCUAACCGCUAUUGGACAAUGACUGUGAAAUAAGUUAGAAUUAAACAAAAUGAUUCCUUGUCGAAUGGGAAAAUGAAAAGAUAUUCACAUUUUAGUUAAACGAAUGAACAAAGAUAGACGGUAGGGCUCGGACGAUAUCAGCAACGCGAUACUUGUUAGUCGCGUGGCAAUGAAACAAAACAUGAUGGCGGAUUUACCUUCUUUAGGAAAACAGCCCUGAUGUUGGAAAUAAACAUUGAUCACAGUAUUUAUACAUAGCAGGUUUUUAAAAGACCGAAGAGUUUUUUUCUGCUUCAUGUUUACAUUUUUGCCAUGGAAAAAAGUAUUGCAGUACUGGUAUAGUCACAGCCUUGGUAGAUUGAGCUUUUAUAUGGAGUGAACUGGAAAAUGUAUAUAGCUGCAGUUUAUUUAUGACUAUACUAAGUUUAUGUUAUAUAAUGUGCGUUUUGAUAAUGAGAGCAUGCUGGUGUUAGUACUGAUGACAAAUCAACACGAUUUUGAGGUACUACUAUUAUGAAGCGUUGGUCUCGUGUUUAUUUGUGUUGUCUUAUUGAUGUUGAAUAUUUUGCAUGUAUUUUGUUGACAGGAAAAACACCCUGUUUUAAAAAUGAACUUUUUUAUAUAUAUAUGCAGUGAGAAUGUCAAAAGGAAACAAAUGAAAGAACACAUUGUACUUUACAUUACAUUGGACAGUUAGAUUGGACAAUCCUCCAAGAUACUGUAGUUAGAGCCACAGACUUAUAAUCAUCUCUAGUCUUACCACUGCAUUUAGGUCCAUUUUCAAUUGGACCAUGAAACUUGGAAAAUGUACGUUGAUUGAAAUCGUUUUAAUACAUCUUACUUAAUUUCAUGAGACAAGCUAUAUUUUCAGUGCUGCUAUUAUGAUUUGUUAUCGAGCUUUAUUGUCACAUGCACAGGACACAGCAGGUGUAAAACAGUGCAGGGAGAACCUUAACUUGCGAGCUCUUUCCCAAAAAUGUGUAAUAACGGUUGUAAUACAGAUAAAUAAAAACAGGUGAAAUGUGACAGAAGAAUAGAGUUAUAUAACGUUGUUAUAUACAGGUCAGUACAGUACCAGUACUGUUAUUACAGUGUGCAGGGGGUACUGGACGGAUUGAGGAAGGAAUGGACCUACUCCAUCACGACAUGUUCAUUUUCUCCACUCGCUUUUCUCUAUGUAUCCAGUCUCUUCAUCUAGCCCCUUUAUGGUUCUCCUCGCUCUCUCUCUCACUCUCUCACGCUCUCUUGCCCUCAUGACCUCUCUCUCCUCUCGCCCAUCCUGUGACAUCAUAUCACGUCAGCCAAUGAGGUGGUGUGUAGCGUAAGGGUGCCAAAGCAUUCAUGUUCAGGUGAUCUAUAGUGAAGUAAGCUACCAGUCUGUACCAGUCUCUGCUAUUCUGCUGUAGAUAUGAUUUGGUAGUCUAUAUUGUGGUCAGUGUGAAAAUGGGUAUUUUAUUGUGGUUUAUUCCCGCAGCAGUCUGUUGUGUCAUGAAGGCCUUGAAGUGCACAGAGCUCAUGUUGUUUUUGGCUUUGUCCCAAAUGGCACCUUAUUCCCUUUAUAGUGCACUUCUUUUGAACAAGGAAGUAGUACCCUUAUAGAGUAUUUGGGACACAGACUUCCUGUUCGGUUUAGUUUUGUUCCAGAAUGUCUCUUUGUUU